AAACACAUUUUAAGGUCUUGAACUUUGUAAAAAUAAAGGUCACACAUUCCUUUAUUGCCCCUCUAGUUAUAAAUAUGGCAGCAAAGAACAAAUGAACAUUAUUCAUGUUUCAUGUGAUCCUUUUAUUGGUAGCUUAUUAUUAACUUACUGAGGGGAAGACACGUACCACUUUACUGGCAAAGCGUUAAAUAUUUGUGAAAGACUUACUGUUGUACAAGUAACACUCAAUGAAACUCUCAGGUAUAUGACAUUUUAAGAAAACAUUCUUGAAAAUAUUUUUAUUUACCCUGAUGACAGAAACCAAUUUGCACCCCAUAAGCAAGCCAUCAAGUUGUCACACAAACUGAAAAGAUGUUCCAUCAGUGUGUGAUGUGACCUGUAAAGUCCUUUGGGGCUUCUAAAAAGGUUGUGCAGUCAUGUUGUGGUUGGUAUGGGUAUAUCUCCUGAAUUUACAGAGUGGAGCUCUUGGUUUUGGUAUAAACCCAUUUUCUGGAGACUCUUUUAAUCAUCAAACAAUCACUGAGCGAGCACUCCUGAAUGUUACAGCUCAGGUCUGCAGAGCUCUGGCUCUGGCUGAAGGGAAGGACUUCACUUUUCCUGCACAACCUUUCACUGCCAAGUCCAUCGCUAAUGCAUGUGAAGCUCCAAAGUCAUACAAGUUUUUCCUUCCCAACAUCUUAUUCAUCCAAAGCAUGAAUGCGGCUGUAGAUUUACGUCGACUCUUUGAAGCUCGUUACCACUGUGAUGAUGAGCUUUUAAGAGAAGGACAGAGGCUCAUCACAGAAGGUCUAUCAGCAGUAAAGGCUGCCAACAGGAAGCAAAGUUUUCUGUCAGCAAGGUUAACUCUGGGGGGGAUUCUUCACACCUUACAGGAUUUCUACAGUCACAGCAACUGGGCUGAAUUGAGAAACAAAUUUCCAAACAUUAAUAUGAUCAGAAGGAACGCCAACAUUGGAAAUAUUGCAGAUAGAACCACUGCAACCUGUCGCAGCUGCAAUGGGGACGACUGCAGGAAUAAUAUUUUGGAGAACGUGAUAUCAAGAAAUAUUUUGACAUCUGGAUACUUUGUUGUUCGGCCUAUGUCUUCAAACAAACCAAAAGGGAAGUGCAGCCAUGGAGGUUUUCCUGAUGCAACAAGUUCAGUUGAGCCUAAAGGUGGGAUCAACAAAGACAGUUACUCCUCCAGUCAUGGAUAUCUUCACAGAGAAGCAGCAGAGUUGGCCAUAGCUGCAACCAGUCAGAUUUUGGAGGACAUUCGAGGAGCUUCUGGAGACAGAGAAUUCCUUCAGUUGAUGGGACUCUCAAAGGGAUCAAGUAAGGCUCUUUGUUUUGUGGUGGACACAACAGGAAGUAUGGGUGACGACAUUGCAGCAGUACAGACCGUCACUUCCAAUAUUAUUGAUAGUAAGGUUGGAACAGAGGAUGAACCUUCACUCUACAUUCUUGUACCUUUCAAUGAUCCAGAUUUUGGACCUCUGAUUAAAACUACAGAUGCAGAAGUCUUCAAAGGUCAUAUUAAUUCAUUAACAGCAUAUGAAGGUGGAGAUCUUCCAGAAAUGAGUCUGUCAGGACUUCAGCUGGCUCUAACUGGCUCUCCUCCUAAUUCUGAAAUCUUCCUCUUCACUGAUGCACCAGCCAAAGAUAAAUAUCUGAAGAACACAGUGAUUGCACUCAUAGAGCAAACCAAGACAGUUGUGAACUUCAUGAUAACCGGCAUACUGAGUUCACGCCGUCGCAGACAAGCUAAUGAAAAUCAACAACAACAGCAAACCCAGCGGAUGGCGAGAUCAGAUUCUCAGCUGUACAGAGAUUUGUCUCAGGCUUCAGGAGGACAAGCCAUUGAAGUUUCUAAAAAUCAGCUGCUCCAGGCCACCAGCAUAAUCACAGAAUCCACAAGCUCCUCUCUGGUGACUCUUCUGCAAGUAAACAGGAAUAUGGGGAGGCCAGAAAAUUACACUUUCAGUGUUGAUGAUACAUUAACAAAUCUGAUCAUUUACAUCACUGGAAGUUCUGUCGACUUCACACUAGUCAAUCCGUCAGGUGAGCUUCAUAAUGGCGCCUCCACGGGACCAUCAAUCAUCACAGCUGAGUUGGUGGGAAACUUAUUGACUCUGCGAUUGCGGGCCCAAGUUGGAUUGUGGGAACUGAGAAUAAUAUCAACAAAUCCCUAUACCAUGAAGGUUGUAGGUCAGAGUCCAAUUGACUUUAUCCUUAGAUUCAUGGUGCAAUCUCAGGGCCCUGUAGAUGGAUAUGACCUCUUGGAAAAUCGUCCUACAGCUGGCAGUAACACCAGUCUGGAGGUGACUCUACUUGAGGCUGACUCCACCACAGUGACUGAAGUCACUUUGGUCGAAUCCUCGGGGUCAGGACAGGUUAACGGACUUGUGGAGGCUCAGGGUGGAGGGCAAUACUUGGUCCACUUUGACAAGAUCCCAUCAGUUGAGUUUGUGGUAUUAGUGAAAGGACAGAGUACCAACAGUACAACUUCUAGAGCAUCCUCAGUGACAUUCCAGAGACAGUCUACAACCAGCCUGAGAGCCUCUACACUAACUGUUACUGUGUCUGAUACAGGGAGUGUCUUAGAGCCUGGAACUCCACUCCUCGUUCCCUUUUCUGUGACGACCACUGGUGAUGGAGGAAACUAUGUAAUCAAAGCUACCAAUGAUCAAGGUUUUGAUUUAACCUUCCCAUCCAGUUUAACCCUGGAAAGUGGAGGUAGUGCCAACGGUACAGCCAGUAUCACAGCACCCUCUACCUCCCAGUCUGGUACUGGUGUCACACUGACCAUAGAGGCUGAAGCUCCAGGAGGUGCAGACACCAACUAUGGUGUGCUGCGUCUCACUGUUCUUCCAAAGGUGACAGAUUUUUCUCCUCCAGUUUGCCAGCUGGUUAGUCUCCAAUCCAACUGCAGUGACAACUGCAACCAGUCUAUGUGGGAGCUCUCUGUGGAAGUGACUGAUGGAGAAAAUGGGACUGGGAUAGAUCGCAUCAGUCUCAGAGAAGGCAGCGGCAUGUUAAACUCCAAUAUAACAACAGCCAAUGGGAGUGUGACGCUGGUAUCCUACAACGCAUCCUGCUGCUCGCCUAACGUGCAGAUAGUGGUUGUAGACCAAGUUGGUAAUGUGGAUGUCUGCAGUUAUUCUAUCAAGCCAACAACGCCUUCAUCAUCCGGAGCUGUUCAGCCCUCUCUUCUUUGUCUUAGCGUCAUGAUUUUAGGGCUUAUGCUGGGCUGUCAGAUCAGAUAAAUGUCUACAUUUUUUAAAUGUUUUAAAGAUGUAGAAAAUCAUCCGCAGGAUGUUAACAAUCAGUUAGCUCUCACGUAGAGGUGACAGUUUUCAUCAAACUGCAGCUAAGAUAUUUGGUAUACAGUUACUGCAUUAUUGCAUUGAAGUAAGAAGUAAAUUAAUUAGUGAAGCUAAAGGUAAUAUUUCUGAUUAUUAAAAAAAAAAAGAUUAUGAAAUUUAAAAAGAAAAUUGAAUUAAAAGUUUGCAUUCUGA